AUAUGUAUAGCACAAGCAGUGUUGCAGGUUUACUGUUUAGGUAUAGAUAGGCAAAACAAACCCACGCGCUCUGAUUGUUGCUUUCAGAUUUUAUUUGAACAUAAAAUAAAAAUAAUAAGCGAAAGUGGGAGAUGUGGAAAAAACGUCCUCGCCCGUUUUUUACAAACACUGGUCAGACAAGCGAUUAACGGUUCUUUGAAAAAGUUCGAUGACACUUCGAUGUGUGUGCAGCAAGUCAAGCGUCUAAAUAGCACAUGUGCAUCGUUACUUUGCUUGAGAAUGAACUAACAGUGACUGACUAUUUACCAUGAUGAAUUACAUUAGACAAACUCCGAGUGAAGAAUGUCCAUUGACAAAAGAAAAGGCAAAUUGGUCUUUAAAUGACUGUUGUGGCUUUCGAGCCAUUAUAUGUUCAUUCAUAGGCCUAACAUUUGUUAUAACACUUGCCCUGGUUCUUCAAUUAGUUUAUGAUGAUGAUGCAUUUCAGGGAAAUUUAAACAUCCAUGGUGCAGUUGCUACAGAUUACACUAACUGUUCUCAAAUUGGGACUAAAAUCUUGAGGAAAGGUGGAAAUGCAUUAGAUGCUGCUAUAGCUGCUACACUUUGUAUGGCUGUAGUAGCUCCACAUAAAGCUAGCCUUGGAAGUGGAGGCUAUAUUAUGAUAUACAAUCAUAAAGACCAAGAAGAACCAAUAAUUAUAGAUUUUUUAAAUAAUCUUAUACCAGAUGAAUUUGAAAAGAAUAAAAUUAGAAUUCCAGCUCUACUUCGAGGAUUGGAAUAUGCUCAUAAAUAUAUUCAAGGAAAAUUACCUUGGCAAGAUCUUGUUGAACCAUCAAUUAACUUAGCAAAAAAUGGAUUUGAAAUUUCAAGAGAUUAUGCUAAUGAAGCUACAAAAAAUAGCGAUCUUGGAAGUUUUGGAUCAUCUAAUGCCGGUGAAAUUCUGAAAAUACCUAAACUGGCUUCUACUUUACAGAUUGUGUCACAAUUUGGAGCCGACGCUUUUUACAACGGAACUCUUAGUUCUAGAAUCUUAUCAAAUUACACAAAUAAUGACAAGUUAUUCAAUGAGCUUGCCAGCUAUGAACCAAGCAUUAUGAAAGCUGAAAAAUCAAUCCUGUCUCAGUUUGCAAUAUUUUAUCCGUCUACUACAAAUUAUGCCCAACCAAUCAUUGAAGAAAUGAAUAAAUUGAACAUUUCAAAAGAAAAUGCUUCUUCAAUUGAGUCAGAAAUUAAAACUGCUGAAACGAUUAUUAAACUGAUGCGUCAAUUAAAUAAUCCUUAUAUCAAAUACACUGAAGCAAGAAAAUAUACAGGAGUAUCUGCUGUAGACUGGCAAGAUACAUACGUUACAGUUAUUACGGGUUUAGGCUCACAUUUUGAUGUGAACUAUGAGACUGAAGCUGGAUUUGCUUUUGAUAGUAUCACAAACCAGGAUGCUUUGUUAUCAUUUACACCAAUAAUUUUUCAUGAUGAAACAGCUGUAUGUGGUUUACGUGGUGUUUUUAGUUCUGAUGAUGCUAUAGUGGCUGGACAAAUUUUAUAUAAUUUGAUUUUACGUUCAAUGAAUGUUUCACUUGCUAUAGAAUAUGCGAGGUAUUACGUUUUAUCUGAUGGUAUUGCUGUUGAAAAAGAUGAACGACAAUCAAGUAAUAGACUUUUACAUGACAGUUUACUAGCAAUAGAUAAAACAUCUACAACUGAUGUUGAAAUGAUAAUGAAAAGUGUGAAUGUGAUAAUAAAAAGAAAAAAUUUGAUCAGUGGUCACUCUGAUAGUAGAGGUGAUGGUCUAGCAUCAAGAUUUUAAAAAAUAACAUUUAUAAACUGGUAAAAACCAUGUGUAAAUACUUAGAAAUGACUGUAAAUAAAUACAAACGUUUUGUACAAAAAUUGAUACAAUGUAAGAAAAAGUUAUGUAAUUGAAGAAACUCAAUGAAGUGAU